GCAGCGGGACGGAGUUACUGGGGGACCCGGUCAGAUCCGCGUGGUGUCGCCCAGACCCCCGGUCCCCUCCCUGCCCUCCUCUGAUUGGCUAACCGAAGGGAGGCAUCGACCGUAUGCUCUGGACGGGGUGGAGGAAACUCCGCGGAGCGCACAGCCCCCUCCCACUCGGUUAAAGUGAGGGGAAGAUGCCUUUUCUUCCUCCACCUCCAGUACCCACUCACCGACACCCCUGUCACCACCGCCGUCCGGGAGGACGGGCUCCGUGCCGGACUGAGAUGCGUGGAGCGGCGGCGGUAGCAGCGAGUGGUUGGCCGCUGCGGGAGCAGCACGUCGGGACGCGCUUCAGCUUAUAGCGCGUCUUUGGAGAGCCGAGGAUGGGCGCACUGACACAAGGACGUUACCUUUCCGCGGGCUUCGUGCUGCUAGUUUAUUACACCGUCGCCGUGAUCUCUAAAGGGCCCCCAGGAAAUGCUCCGUCGGACUCCCUGUCGCCGGGGACCCUGCCCCACUUCCUGCAGGAGCCGGUGGACGCCUACAUCGUCAAGAGCAACCCCAUCAAGCUGCGGUGCCGGGCCGCACCCGCCCUGCAGAUCUUCUUCAAGUGCAACGGGGAAUGGGUGCACCAGAACGAGCACGCCUCGCACGAGUACAAGGACCUCACCACGGGUAAGAGCCUCCGCGAUGCGCCCCACCAGUACCACGUCCCGGGAGAGGAACAGGGGAUAGGCUGCUGUCUGUACCUGUCAUGGCUCUCCGUUUUGACCGUUUUGAGGGGUGGCAAGUGGCUCAGGAGGUAG